CCAGUUUUCUCUUCUAGACUUGCCAGAAGCAACAGAGGACUAAAGAUGAAGAUCUUUUUCUUAUUCACCUUUUCCACUUUUUUGUUUUCUGCUUUUGAACAAGCAGCUGCUUCUGCUCACUAUGACAAGAUUUUAACUCAUAGUCGAAUAAGGGCACGCGACCAAGGCCCAAAUGUCUGUGCCCUUCAGCAAGUUAUGGGAACAAGAAAGAAAUACUUCAGCACCUGCAGAAACUGGUAUCAGGGAGCCAUCUGUGGAAAGAAAGCAACUGUCUUAUAUGAGUGCUGUCCUGGCUAUAUGAAGAUGGAAGGUACAAGAGGAUGUCCAGCAGUUGCUCCUAUUGAUCAUGUAUAUGGUACACUUGGUAUUGUGGGAGCUACCUCCACACAGCAGUAUUCUGACAUGUCAAAGCUGAGAGAAGAGAUUGAGGGACGAGGAUCAUUCACUUUCUUUGCACCAAGCAAUGAAGCCUGGGAGCAAUUAAAUUCAGAAACUCACAGGAAUUUGAUUGACAAUGUAAAUAUUGAACUGUAUAACGCUCUCCACCACCACAUGGUAAAUAAGCGCAUGUUGACAAAAGAUCUUAAGAAUGGCAUGACUCUGGUGUCCAUGUAUAAUGACCAGAAAUUGCUUAUUAACCAUUAUCCUAAUGGGGUUGUUACUGUUAACUGUGCCAGGAUUAUCCAUGGCAACCAGAUUGCUACCAAUGGUGUUGUUCAUGUUAUUGAUCGUGUCCUGACCGCUGUUGGAAAUACCAUUCAAGAUUUCAUUGAAGUCGAGGAUGAUCUUUCAUCUCUUAGAGCUGCUGCCAUCACAUCAGGUGUCUUGGAUAUUCUUGGAAAGCCUGGUCAUUACACACUCUUUGCUCCCACUAAUGAAGCUUUUGAGAAACUUCCAAGGGGAGUCUUAGAAAGGAUCAUGGGCGACAAGGUGGCUUCUGAAGCUCUUGUGAAGUUCCAUAUUUUGAAUACUCUCCAGUGCUCUGAAGCCAUCACAGGUGGAGCUGUCUAUGAAACCUUGGAAGGAAACACAGUUGAAAUUGGUUGUGAUGGUGAAAGUCUGACUGUGAAUGGAGCGAACAUGGUGAAACGCAAAGAUAUUGUGACAAGCAAUGGUGUUAUCCACCUCAUUAAUGAAGUGCUAAUUCCUGAUUCUGCCAAGCAAGUCAUUGAGCUUGGGGGUGCCCAGCAGACUACUUUUACAGAGCUGAUGGCACAGCUAGGACUGGCAUCUUCUCUAAGACCAGAAGGACAAUACACUCUCCUGGCACCACUGAAUGGUGCUUUCUCAGAUGACACCUUAGGGAUGGAUCAACGCCUUCUUAAAACAAUCCUGCAGAAUCACAUUAUAAAAGUGAAAGUUGGGCUCAAUGAAUUGUACAAUGGACAAGAGCUGGAGACAAUGGGAGGAAAACUGCUUAGAGUCUUUGUGUAUCGCACAGCUGUAUGUAUUGAAAAUUCAUGCAUGGUGAGAGGAAGUAAAGAAGGAAGGAAUGGUUUUAUUCACAUCUUCAGACAGAUCAUCAAUCCAGCAGAAAAGACAUUGCAUGAAAUGCUGAGAAAUGAUAAGCGUUUUAGCAUUUUCCUCAGUCUGGUGAAAGCUGAAGAUUUAGAUGAUGUUCUGUCACAGCCUGGACAAUGGACUCUGUUUGUUCCAACUAACGAUGCCUUUAAAGGUUUGACUGAUGAUGAUAAAGACAUAUUGAUAAGUAA